UGUAGUCUCACUGUGGGAAGGUCUAGGCCAGCUAGGUACAGUAAUAAGACUCUGAUUCGGCUAUAUUAAACAACCUAUCUUACAUCUGGGCGCAGCUUACACUUCUAAAAAUGGGUAAUUCUAGUUGAGGAAGUUUUUAGAUACAGGCCAAGUUGGUUUAAGGUUGGGUGUUUUGGUCCCAGUCUGAUAGUGUCUGAGGGAGUGCCAGUCAGUCACACAGAUGUGGACAGUUAGUCGAUGCUAGAGGCUGUAAAUCAUUAGUGUGAUGGGGUUAUGUAGACAAAGGUCAGAGCAGAGAAUGAAAAGAGUGUUCCCUGGCUGACUUAGAUUCCUGGCUGCCAUUGACUCAUUAUUAUCCUAGAAAUCAACAGUGUUGAGGGGAGGAAGCCAGGCAGCGGUUAAAGUUUACAGGUUACAGCUGCAGCUUUACUCCACAACAACACCCAGCCACGAGAGGAGGCCGUGGCUCAGCAUGAGAGGCUAUGAGGAUAACACAGCCUUCCUGGGGGAGUGGGGACCCUUUCAACAGACUGUCUUCUUUCUGCUCUGUGCCAGCACCAUUCCCAACGGAUUCAGUGCCUUCUCCGUCAUCUUUCUAGGGGACAGCCCCCCGCACCACUGUUUUGUCCCAGACUCGGGCAACCUGAGCGAGGCAUGGAGGAAGGCCAUCAUUCCCAUAGAGGUGGUGAACGGACAGGAGGAGGAGAGCAAGUGCAGCAGAUACAGGCUGGAUGUGGUCAGAAACCUGUCUGCUCUGGGCUACAUCCCCGGCCUGGACGUCAACCUCACUGGGGUGGAGCAGGAGGGCUGUGUGGAUGGAUGGAGCUACAGCAAAGAUAUAUACCAGUCCACCAUAGUCACUGAGUUUGACUUAGUGUGCAAUGACAAAUGGAAGCAGCCAUUCACUUCCUCUGUGUACUUCCUUGGGGUGCUGUGUGGCUCCUUCUUCUCUGGACAGCUCUCUGACCGGUUUGGGCGAAAGCCUGUCCUUUUUGUGACCAUGGCAGUCCAGACACUCUUUACCUUUGUUCAAGUCUUUUCUCAGUCCUGGGAAAUGUUCUCAGUCCUCUUCUUCAUUGUGGGACUGGGGCAAAUAUCCAACUAUGUGGCAGCGUUCGUAUUGGGCACAGAAAUCUUGACGGCCAAAGUGCGUGUCCUAUACGUUACACUGGGGGUGUGUCUGUUCUUUGCCUUCGGCUACAUGAUGCUGCCUCUCCUGGCAUUCUUCAUCCGGGACUGGAGGUCGCUCCUUCUGGUUAUGUCCGUGCCUGGCCUGGUAUACAUCCCCCUCUGGUGGUUCAUCCCAGAGUCCCCCAGAUGGCUGCUCUCUCAGGGAAGACGGGAGGAGGCUGAGGCCAUACUGAGAGAUGCUGCCAGGAGGAACAGAGUAACAGCACCCGAGGUCAUCUUUGAGGAGUCAGAGGGUGAAGAGAAACCUAAACCUGAGGAACAUCACAGUCCUCUGGACCUCCUGAAGACUAGCAACAUUCGUAAAAUCACCCUCAUAUUGGCUCUAGUGUGGUUCACCCUGAGUAUGGGCUACUUCGCCAUAUCCCUGAACACAUCCCGUCUCCAUGGAGACCCCUACGUGAACUGUUUCAUCUCUGCUGCCAUCGAGGUGCCUGCUUACGCCAUCAGCUGGCUCUUCUUGCGCUACCUACCCAGGAGGAUAUCUGCCUCUGCUAGCAUGCUGCUAGGAGGGGGAGCGCUCUACUUCAUCCAGCUGGUACCGCCAAAUCUACCUAGCCUAUCCAUAGCCCUGGAGAUGUUGGGUAAAUUUGGCAUGGCCAUUGGUACUGCACUGAUGUAUGCCUACACUGGAGAGCUGUAUCCCACAGUGAUCAGGAACACUGCGUUAGGCUCCUGUGCCAUGAUCUCUCGGGUAGGCAGUAUCAUCGCUCCCUACAUCAUGACCUUGAGUACCUAUUAUAAGUAUUUGCCAUACAUUGUACUGGGGAGUCUUCUUGUGCUGUCAGCUAUGGCCAUUCCCCUUUUACCAGAGAGCUUUGGCCAUCCUCUACCAGAGACCAUUAAGCAGAUGCGCAAACGAGAGUGGCUAAAGUGCCCAUCUCUGAAGAGGAUGAGACCUGAACAGCCCAAUGAUGAAGCCAAAUGACACUAGAUUGUGAUUACUUUAUAACUGCUUUGAAAAUACACUAAAAGUAUGUGGACACCGUUUCAAAUGAGUGGAUAUGGCUUUUUCAGCCACACCGGUUUCUGACACGUGUAUACAACUGAGCACACAUCCAUGCAAUCUCCAUAAACCUACAUUGGCAGUAGAAUGGCCGUUACUGAAGUGCUCAAUUACUUUCAACGUACCACCUUUCGCCCAGGAUACCACAAGUCAGUUCGUCAAAUUUCUGCCCUGCUAGAGCUGCCCUGUUCAACUGUAAGUGCUGUUAUUGUGACGUGGAAAUGUCUAGGAGCAACAACGGCUCAGCCGCGAAGUGGUAAGCCACACAAGAAUUGUUCGUCGGGAGCUUAAUGAAAUGGGUUUCCAUGGCCAAGCAGCUCUACACAAGCCUGAGAUCACCAUGUUUAAUGCCAAACGUCGGCUGGAGUGGUGUAAAGCUCGCCGCCAGUGGACUCUGGCGCAGUGGAAACGCGUUCUCUGGAGUGAUGAAUCACGCUUCACCAUCUGGCAGUCCGACAGAAGAAUCUGGGUUUGGCGGAUGCCAGGAGAACGCUACCUACCCCAAUGCAUAGUGCCAACUGUAAAGUGGUCUGGUUGAGGAGUAAUAAUGGUCUGGAGCUGUUUUUCAUGGUUCGCGCUAGGCCCCUUAGUUCCAGUGAAGGGAAAUCUUAAUGCUACAGCAUAAAAUGACAUUCUAGACGAUUCUGUGCUUCCAACUUUGUGUCAACAGUUUGGGGAAGGCCUUUUCCUGUUUCAGCAUGACAAUGUCCCUGUGCACAAAGCAAGGUCCAUACAGAAAUGGUUUGUUGAGAUCGUGUUGACUGGCCUGCACAGUGCCCUGACAUCAACCCCAUCGAACACCUUUGAGAUUAAUUGGACUGCCGACUGCGACCAUGGCCUAAUCGCCCAACAUCAGUGCCCGACCUCAUUAAUGCUCUUGUGGCUGAAUGGAAGCAAGUCCCUGCAGCAAUGUUUCAACAUCUAGUGGAAAGCUUCCCCAGAAGAGUGGAGGCUGUUAUACCUGCAAAGGGGGACCAACUCCCUAUUAAUGCCCAUGAUUUUGGAAUGAGAUGUUCAAUGAGCAGGUGUCCACAUACUUUUUGCCAUACAGUGUAUUUUAUUUGGUGUUUUGUCCAGUGAAAAUAUACAUUAUUUUUCUUACAUUUUGUAUUGCAUUGAUCAUGCCAUAGAUUGUAUAAGACAAGUGUUUAUUGUUGGCUUUCAUAUGAAUGUCUUCAUAGCGUGCUAAUUGAAAAAAUGUGACACUUUGCUUAACCUAGAUGAAGGGAAAAGAGUCAUUUUAAAUUAAAUGUAGGACGUCUUUCGAGGAGAGGCUUUGAUACCAAGAGCCUGCCAAUGCAAUUUUGAAUUUGUUAUUUGGUUAUCAAGAAGCCAAGAAAACACUCCUGGCCUCCCGAGUGGUGGUCUAAGACACUGCAUCGCUGUGCUAGCUGUGCCACUAGAGAUACUGGUUUAAGUCCAGGCUCUGUCGCAGCUGGCCACAACUGGGAGACCCAUGGGGCGGUGCAUAAUUGGCCCAUCUUCAUAAGGGUUUGGCCGGCAGGGAUGUUCUUGUCCCAUCGCGCACUAGCGACUCCUGUGGCGGGCCGGGCGCAAUGCACACUGACACGGUCGCCAGGUGUUUACUCCGACACGUUGGUGCGGCUGGCUUCCGGAUUAAGCGGGCAUUGUAUCAAGAAGCAGUGCGGCUUGGCUGGGUUGUGUUUCAGAGGACGCACGGCUCUCGACCUUCGCCUCUCCCGAGUCCGUACAGGAGUUGCAGCGAUGGGACAAGACUGUAACUACCAAUUGGAUACCACAACAUUUUUUAAGACACUUAUACCAAUUCUCAAUGUAAGAACAAAAACUCUGUUCAAACUCUAAUAUAUACAGUACCAGUCAAAGGUUUGGACAAACCUACUCAUUCAAGGGUUUUUCUGUAUUUUUACUAUUUUCUACAUGUUUUGGUUACUACAUGAUUCCAUGUGUGUUCUUUCAUAGUUUUGAUGUUUUCACUAUUCUACAAUGUAGAAAAUAGUGAAAAUAAAUAAAAACCCUUGAAUGAGUAGGUGUCCAACCUUUUGACUGGUACUUGUAUAUAUAUAUUACAAAUAUCUAUUUGCUGUCUUUAUGUUGAUCAAAAAACAAAAAAAACAUGAGCUGGCACACACCCAGAAUAAUAGUUUGUGUGGAGGUGCUGACUAACUGCGAAUAAACUAUAAACUAUCAAAAUAAAGAAAGUCGCACACUCCAGGUGUAAUCUCCCAGCAAUUUAAUGGGUAUUUACCAACGUUUCGGCAUCACUGUGCCUUCCUCAGGGUAAUGUCAUGAAUACUUGAACCAGGUUAUGUAGACAAACAGUGCAAUUAGUGUAACCAAUGACAAUAGUGAGGGGUGUGUCAUAAUGGUUAAGUUAAUUAAAAUUAAUGAAACUGUUAAAAAAUAGUAAAUGGCAUAUUAAAUAUAUUAUGCUAUUGUUAUCAUAUAGAAACAUAAUGGAAUAUUGUACAUCAUAUUAGCAUCAACAUACAUUAUUGUUUCAUUUAAUUACACAUAAUAAUUUUGUAUAUCAUUUUUUUUACAUGUAAUCUUUUGGUUCAACCUUAAUAUAUAAAUGUUUAUGUUGAUAUUUUUAUGAGAAGUUGUGAAAGGGCUAAUCUCUGCAUUUUACUAUGAAUUCAUUAUUUUGUUAGGACAUUCGUUGUUGUCCUCUAGCUCUGUGAGGUAAAAAUCCUAGCAAGAGUCUAUAUAAAAAUAAAACAUGUGCAGUUAUAAAAUCAGUGAGUACAAAUAAAGUACAGUUGAAGUCGGAAGUUUA